CCGGGCGCGGAGCGCACCGGAGCUCAUCGGAGCGGAUCGGAGCGGAGCGGCACCGCCGAUCCCCGAACCCCACCGCCCCGCCCGCCCCCAAACCGGCACCAUUCCGGCCCAGCGAGCAGCCCCGGCCGGGCGUCGGCUCAGCCUCGGCCGUAAAACUUUGCUGGCGGCCGCUGCGGGCGUGGUGAUGGUGCUGGUGCUGGUGGUGCUCAUCCCGGUGCUGGUGAGCUCGGCGGGCACCGACGGCCGCUACGAGAUGCUGGGCACCUGCCGCAUGCUCUGCGAGCCCUACGGGGGCACCGCGCCGGGGGGCGGCCCGCUCCCACCGCCCUCCACGCUGGUGCAGGGGCCGCAGGGCAAAGCGGGCAAACCGGGCAAACCGGGACCGCCGGGACCCCCCGGAGAGCCGGGCCCACCGGGAGCUGCGGGCCCGCCGGGGGUGAGGGGCGAAGCGGGCAAACCGGGGCCGCCCGGGCUGCCGGGUCUGGGGGGUACGGGGGUGGUGAGCACGGCCACCUACAGCACGGUGCCGCGCGUCGCCUUCUAUGCCGGCCUGAAGAACCCGCACGAGGGCUAUGAGAUCCUCAAGUUCGACGACGUGGUCACCAACCUGGGCAACAGCUACGAUGCCGCCUCGGGGAAGUUCACCUGUGUCAUCCCCGGCACCUAUUUCUUCACCUACCACGUCCUGAUGCGCGGCGGAGACGGCACCAGCAUGUGGGCUGACCUCUGCAAGAAUGGGCAGCCAAGGGCUGGCGGGCGCGCGGUGACGAGGCGGCUCCUUAACGAGGGAAGACGGAUGGCAGUCGCUGCAGCGGGGACGGGCGGUGUGCUGGGACGUCAGUGCGGGCCAGCGCCAUCGCGCAGGAUGCGGACCAGAACUACGACUACGCCAGCAACAGCGUCAUCCUGCACCUGGAUGCGGGCGACGAGGUCUUCAUCAAGCUGGACGGGGGCAAAGCCCACGGCGGCAACAACAACAAAUACAGCACCUUCUCGGGCUUCAUCAUCUACUCGGACUGAGCCUGGGCCCACGGCAUCACCCCACGGCAUCGCCUCACAGCAUCGCCCCAUGGCAUCGCCCCACGCCCACCCAGCCCCACAGCAUCCCCACGUGCAGCCCUAUGGCCGGCCGCGGGGCCCGGGAGCCCCCUUCCCCAUCACCCGCUCACCCCAUUGCUGCUAAUUCGGGGCGGGGGGAGCAGAGGGGCGGUCCCCUGGCCGUGACCCCCUCGGUGCCCGUGGGAUGUGGGUCUGUAUGGGGUGCGUCGCACCAGGGUUGUGCCGGGGGAGCUGCCUGGCCGCGGGUGACUCCAUGGUAAAGCAGAGCUGUGACCUC